AUGCGUCGACUCUCCCUGCAAUCUAGUGGGCUUGAACAGAAAGGGACAAUCCAAUCCAUCAUAAGAAGCAAGUUACAUGUUCGCUCAUUGAAUGUGUUUGAAGAAACAAAGGAGAUACCACCACUUGUGGACUUCCUGUCCUUGCGUGUGUUUGAUAUAUACAAGGAUUAUUCGUCGUGGGAAAACAAGCAUAUAAGAAAUAUAGGAAGUUUCUACCAACUGAGGUAUUUGAGGAUGCACGGACUAGGAAUCACAGAGCUUCCUGCAGAUAUUGGAAAGCUACAGAACUUAGAGACACUUGAUUUGCGGGGCAGUCGUAUUAGAAGACUGCCAUCAACAAUAUCCCGACUACAGAAACUGGUGCCCCUAUUGAUUGACAACGAUGACUUUGUGUUUUCUGCUGAUAUGUUUGGGAACAUGCGAGCCCUGGAGGAAGUGUCAGAUAUCUAUAAAGUUGACAAUCCUGAGAAAUUUUUGGAAGAGUUUGGACAUCUAACAAAAUUGAGAAAGAUUUCGAUGAGUCGGUUAUGGGGGUGGUGGCGUGUGAAUUUCGGGAAUGUUAAAUGCUAUCGAGAAACACUGGGGUCGUCUCUAAAUAAGUUGGGUAAAUACAACCUUCAGUAUCUUCAUACUAACGGAGAUAUGGGAAACAUUAUAUUCAGGGAUCCAUGUUGCACCUUUCCACUCCUCCAAGAUCUUAAACUAGUGCAUGACAUGGAAAGGGUUCCCAAGGGAAUGGCCUCCCUAACCAACAUCGUGAAAUUGGAGAUAGCAGUCACACAAUCUGAUGAGGAAGGUCUCCACAUUCUCAUGGGUAUGCCUUCUCUCGCCUAUCUGCAGCUAUCGGUAGGGUUACGUGGCGUCAUGAGUCCCAUGAAUGUUGGUAGUAACGGAUUCAAGCUCCUAGAGGUGUUCCACUUCCACUGUAACAUAUCAUACGGAGAAAAGGGGAUAGAAUUUGCAGCAGGUGCUAUGACAGCACUCCGGCGGCUCCAUCUUUCCUGGCGCGCAAGGCUAGUGAGGUUGAGGUAUAGUGAUGGUGUUGGCAUGGGCAUCCAGCAUCUUUCAAGCCUUGCACAACUCCAGGUCGAAACUUGGUGUGUUGGUGCAACUCUAGAGGAGGUGGAGGCCCUGGAGGGUCCCGUUGAAAAAGCAGUCACCUUGCAUCCCAACCGUCAGACUCUUCAACUCCAUCUCCAUAGAAAAGAUGAACAUCUUAUGUUCAAGGACGAGGAGGAAAGAAAGAGGGGAAGGCCCGCUGGUUUCUUCAUUCCUUUGGUCAUGUUGGAGGAGAAUGCGCUAGAGGUAUACAUCUUGGCCCGCUGGUUUCUUCAUUCCACUGCACUACAUCGUGUGAUUUACGGAUCCCCCCCUUUUUUCCUCCACAGCAGCAAGAAGAUCAAGUAA